AGAUUUUAAAUAUUCUUUAAAAUGUCUUAAAAGAAAGCUUAAAUUUAAGUGGAGUAUACAAUUAAAAUAAUUUUAGAUAAAAGGUGCCAGAGAGUGUUGUUAAGAAAACAUAAAGAGAUUCAAAAUUAAGAGAUCUUGUAGUAAAAAGAAGAGCUGAAAGAUUGGGUUAGAAUAAAACAAGAAGAGCAUAAUUAGAAAAGAAUGCUUAAGCUUAUGAAGCAGAAUACAAAGCAACAGAAAAGAGUUUAAUUGAUAACAUUCGUAAGGCAAAGACUGAGAAUGGAUUCUAUGUUCCAGCUGAAGCAAAAUUGAUGCUUGUAAUAAGAAUUAGAGGGUAUAUAAUAUUAUAAAUAUUUAUAUUAGUAUCAACACGUUGAAUCCAUAAGUAAGACAAACUCUUAGACUUUUAAAAUUAAGACAAUUGCAUUAUGCUGCAUUUGUUAGAAUUAACAAAGCAACUAUUGAAAUGAUUAGAAAAGUAGAACCCUAUAUCACUUAUGGAUAUCCAUCAAGAACAGUCAUUAAGAAUUUGAUUUACAAGAGAGGAUAUGCCAAAGUUAAUGGUUAAAGAAUUCCAUUAACAAAUAAUACAAUUAUUGAUGAAUCACUUGGAAAAUUUAAUAUUCAUGGAAUUGAAGAUCUUAUACAUGAAAUUACAACUGUUGGACCUCAUUUCAAAGAAGCAAAUAGAUUUUUAUGGUAAUUAAUUUAUAUUUAUUAAUUUAAUAGGGCAUUUAAAUUAAGAGGACCAAGAGGAGGAUUUAUUGCUAAGAGAAGAUCAUUCAUUAAUUAAGGAGAUUGGGGAAAUAGAGAAGAUCUUAUUAAUGAUCUUGCCAAAAGAAUGAUCUGAUUAUUGAGUAGAUUAAUAUCAAUACAGUAUAAUAAAUAC